UUAACAAGUGUUCUACACAAAACUUUAACUGCUAUUGUAGCUGAACCACUGAAUCAAUGGCAGCUGGAUGACUGACAGCUGAUCUUUAGCUUAGUCUGUGGUUGCCUAGCAACGCCAACUCAGAUAUGUAAAUACCUCUCCUGCUCUAAAUGCUUGAAGCAUUAAAACUGUAUAAAAUAAAAUAGCUAGUCUAAUGCAUUUUUCAUGUGUUAAGUGUAAUAAAGCGCAUCAUGUGAUUAAUAGAUUGUUUAGGUUUUCCUUAAACCAGCGCGAUAUAACUCACUGACCAUCGGCUCUAGGACCCAGGUGCGCGGCAGCCACCAGACACCGGUUGAUGAGGUGGUCCACUCGGCGUUACACAUAUAACGUUAAUUACCCGACAAAGAGCGGCUGCACGCACAGGACACAGUAGUCGGAGGAGAACUUACUAGACGGUGCAGGUGGACUACAAUACCGAGAGAAGUGAGAGCAUUUUUCGCUGUCUUUGUCCGUCCGCUUCAGCCCGCACCGUGGCAAGAAAACCCGUCGCUUGUCUCACUGGCGACAACCAUGAGCCAGAGGUUCACCGUCUCCAAGAGUGACGGCGCCCGGCGCACCUCAGACAUCCAGGGGGAGGUGAACCAGCUGUUCGAGGGAGACGAGCCCCCAUCCAGCAGCGGCGCGGAAGGGGAGGAUGCUGCUGGUACCGAGGUGGUGGUAGUGCUGAAAGGUGACAGCAACCCCAAGGAGAGCAGCCCCUUCAUCAACAGCAGCGAUGCAGCCGCAGAGAAGAGCCAGCAGUAUGACGGCAAGAACAUGGCCUUGUUUGAGGAGGAGAUGGACACCAGCCCCAUGGUGUCGUCUCUUCUCAGCAGCCUGGCCAACUACUCCAACCUGCCCCAAGGUAGUAAGGAGCACGAGGAGGCCGAGAACAACGAGGCUGAGUCAUCGCGCAAGAAACCCGUCAAGGCCCCCCAGCUCGGCACUUUGAUGGGUGUCUAUCUGCCGUGCAUCCAGAACAUCUUCGGAGUGAUCCUCUUCCUCAGGAUGACCUGGUUGGUUGGAAUUGGAGGAGUCAUUGGGACUUUCAUCAUCGUCUUCAUGUGCUGUUCCACAACCAUGCUGACUGCCAUCUCGAUGAGUGCCAUCGCUACAAAUGGAGUAGUGCCAGCUGGAGGCUCCUAUUACAUGAUAUCCCGUUCGCUGGGCCCUGAGUUUGGCGGAGCAGUGGGGAUCUGUUUCUAUCUGGGAACCACCUUCGCUGGAGCCAUGUACAUCCUGGGGGCCAUUGAACUCCUCCUGAUCUACAUAGCUCCCAAAGCGGCCAUCUUUCCCCUGGAGGGCCUGGAGGGUGCCGAGGCAGAGGCCGCCCUGCUGAACAACAUGCGCGUGUACGGCACCAUCCUGUUGACCUCCAUGGCCACGGUGGUUUUUGUAGGUGUGAAGUACGUCAACAAGCUGGCCCUGGUGUUUCUGGCCUGCGUCAUUCUCUCCAUCCUGGCUGUCUACGCCGGGGUCAUCAAGACCGGCAUCGAUCCUCCCAUAUUCCCUGUGUGCCUACUGGGCAACCGCACUUUGGUGUGGAAGGGCUUUGAUGUGUGUGCCAAGACCGUGGAGUCAGCUAACGGGACAGUCACCACCCAGCUGUGGCGCAUCUUCUGUGAUUCACCUUUCCUCAACGCUACCUGCGACAAGUACUUCACAGCCAACAAUGUGUCUCAGAUUCAGGGCAUCCCAGGGGUCACCAGUGGAAUCCUGGCAGAGAACCUGUUUGGGACCUACUAUGAGAAGGGGGAUCUGAUUGCCAGAAAGAACAUGGAGUCAAACGAAGACCAGGACGACCCUCUGACCAACGCAAACCGCUAUGUGUUGGCUGACAUCACCAGCUUCUUUACUUUGCUGGUUGGCAUCUACUUCCCUUCUGUGACAGGGAUCAUGGCUGGCUCCAACCGCUCCGGAGACCUGCGUGAUGCCCAGAAGUCAAUCCCCAUUGGAACCAUUGCAGCCAUAACCACCACCUCCACUGUCUACAUGACCAGCGUGGUUCUGUUUGGUGCCUGCAUCGAUGGUGUGGUCCUCAGGGACAAGUUUGGAGAAGGAGUCCACGGGAACUUGGUGAUUGGCACAUUGGCUUGGCCGUCGCCAUGGGUGAUCGUGAUUGGCUCCUUCUUCUCCACCUGCGGGGCGGGGCUGCAGAGUCUGACAGGAGCUCCUCGGCUACUGCAGGCCAUCGCCAAGGACAACAUUGUGCCCGCGCUUCGGAUCUUUGGCCAUGGGAAGGCCAACGGGGAACCCACAUGGUCCCUCCUGCUGACAGCUUGCAUCUGCGAGAGCGGCAUCCUCAUUGCUUCCCUGGAUGCAGUGGCUCCCAUCCUCUCCAUGUUUUUCCUGAUGUGCUACAUGUUUGUGAACUUGGCCUGUGCUCUGCAGACAUUGCUCAGAACUCCAAACUGGAGACCCCGCUUCAAGUUCUACCACUGGACUCUGUCCUUCCUGGGGAUGAGCUUGUGUCUCACGCUCAUGUUCCUCUGUUCCUGGUACUAUGCCAUUGUCGCCAUGGUAAUUGCCGGCUCUAUCUACAAGUAUAUCGAGUUUGCAGGUGCGGAGAAAGAGUGGGGUGAUGGGAUACGAGGUCUGUCUCUGAGCGCUGCACGUUACGCUCUCAUGCGGCUAGAGGAAGGUCCCCCACACACCAAGAAUUGGAGGCCCCAGUUGCUGGUGCUGGUUAGUACAGACGGAGAGCAAAAUGUGGAGCAGCCUCGUCUGCUCUCUCUGACCAACCAGCUGAAGGCAGGCAAAGGUCUGACCAUUGUUGGAACAGCUCUAGAGGGGACGUACCUGGAGAACCACGACCGGAGCCAGCGUGCAGAGCAGGCGUUGCGUAAACUGAUGGAGACUGAGAAGGUGAAGGGCUUCUGCCAAGUAACUGUGUCCUCAAACCUGCGUGAUGCCACCUCCCACCUCCUCCAGGCCAGUGGGCUAGGAGGCCUCAAACAUAACGCUGUGCUGGUAUCCUGGCCACGCAACUGGAGGCAGGGAGAUGAGCACCAGACCUGGAGGAACUUCGUUGAGUUGGUCAGAGAAACCACAGCUGCUCACCUGGCUCUGCUUGUCCCGAAGAACAUCGCAGCCUUCCCGUCGAAUGGAGAGCGUUUCACUGAGGGUCACAUUGAUGUGUGGUGGAUCGUCCAUGAUGGAGGCAUGCUCAUGCUGCUGCCCUUCCUCCUCCGCCAGCACAAGGUUUGGAGGAAGUGCAAGAUGCGCAUCUUCACGGUGGCCCAGUUGGACGACAACAGCAUCCAGAUGAAAAAGGAUCUGACCACAUUCCUCUAUCACCUCCGCAUUGACGCCAUGGUGGAAGUUGUAGAAAUGCAUGACAGCGACAUCUCAGCCUACACUUACGAGAAGACCCUGGUAAUGGAACAACGGUCGCAGAUGCUUAAACAGAUCAACCUGACCAAGACCGAGCGUGAGAGAGAGAUCCAGAGUAUCACAGAUUCAUCCCGCGGGUCUAUCCGCCGUAAGAACCCAGCCGCUGUAACCACCCAGCUGAGUGUGACCGAGGACCCGCCAGCAGCCAGCAAGGAGGAGAAGCCCGAGGAAGAGUCAAAGUCGGCCUCUUCCCCUGUGUCCCCCCCUUCCCAGGUCCAGCUCAUCCAUGACAACACCACCCCAGCAAGCCCUGCAACCCCGGCCACCCCACUGACCCCCGCAGAGGGGGCCCAGAGCCCUGGGGAGCAGGUCCAGAUGACCUGGACUGAGAAGUGCGACGGUGAGCCAGCCAAGCCGCCUGGUGCAGCCACACCAGAGGGCAUCAAAGACAUCUUCAACAUGAAGCCCGAGUGGGAGAACCUGAACCAGUUCAAUGUGCGACGUAUGCACACAGCGCUCCGGCUGAAUGAAGUCAUCAUCAAAAAGUCCUCAGAAGCCAAGCUAGUCCUUCUCAACAUGCCCGGGCCACCCAAGAACCGGACAGGUGACGAGAACUACAUGGAGUUCCUCGAGGUCCUCACUGAUGGUCUCAACCGGGUCCUCCUGGUCCGCGGAGGCGGCCGUGAGGUUAUCACUAUCUACUCCUGAAAGAGUAACCCCCUACAACCCCACCCCUCCCUCAACCCUGUUCCUGUAUCACCUGUACUCCCACCCUCUCAUCAACGCUGCUUCAUCAUCAUGUCACCCUUGUCGUUUAUUUCUGUAAGAUAGUCCUCUCACACCAGACCAAUAGCCCAGCUCAGCUUCAGCACCUCUCCCUCAGCUCCACCCCCAGCUGCAACGAUGCUCGGCUACCAAACCCUUCAUUAUAGUCCAAUAAGCUACUAUAACUAUUGUAGGUUCUAGACUAAUUUAGAUGCUACCUAGAUUUGUUCUUCAAGAGACCUUUUUUUUCUUUUCUAGUCUUUUAAUCUGCUGUAGUAACUCGCAUUGAGUUGGAGUCACUUGGUGAGGAGGAGGAGGAGGUGGUGGUGGGUUGUUAGCUGAGGUGUGAGCGCACAUGCAUGUAUGUGUCUCUGCAGUCUAUUUAUUUAUUUUGUUUUUUGUUUUUUCAAAUACAAAUGUGACAUAGCAGCGGCUUCUGCUCGGAAAGAACAAGAGGCAGCUGAAAUGAUCUCAGUGUACAAUUGUCUGUUUAGUUCCCUCGCGGUGAUCGGACACCUCCCACAGCGUUCCAGCCUGUUGUCUUUGAUGUGAUUUAUCUUUCAAGGCAAAAGACACUGCUACCUACGGUCAGGACCCCCAGCUGGAAGGAGGAGAAUAGUGUUGUUAAGUAUGAACUGUGAAAUUCACAUUGAUAUUCGAAGAAGACUGAAAAAAGCACGUGGAUCAAAUCUGCAGUAUUAUCUUUAACCUGAUCACUCCUUAGCAUGCCAUCCUUAUAACUGUUUUUACUUACUGUUACUACCAUCGCUGUCUCUCUACCCAUCCUCAUUCAACUCAUUUCUUAGUGGCUGUUUAUCCCUGUGGCCACUGUCAGUGCCAAAAAAAUUAAAUACAACAAGGCUAGCUUAGUUUGUAGAGAUUGACACGUAAUUAAACUGUGAAUAGUGCGUUUCCUAGCAGAAGGCUGGUGUGACAGCAGAAUGGGGAGACAGUACAACGCCGCCUCACCCCACCCCGAGGAGAUUAUCAUUGCCAGCACCCCUCGACCCUCGUGUGGAUCACUGUAAAUAAUGUACAAGCUCUGACGCGUUGUUCAGUAUGAGUGUAGUAUUUUUGUGACAUACUAAAAAGCUUCUAGUGGAGAGAAAACGAUCCUUCGCUGAGAGGGACAGCUCAAAAAAGCUGUUUUUAAAAAAUGUAUUUAUUUAUUUAUUGGAUGGCAUAGGCUCCUGUCACUAUGGUAAAUAACUGUCAUUGUAACCUCGACAAGCACUGCACCUGCACUGUCCGCCACUGUGCAACACGUAACAAUUUGAUGAAUUCAUUAGGUUCAUCAAAUAAAAAAUACUAAAUGUUAUUUUUUCAUCUAGAGAACAAAUAUGUAUUUAUGUUUAUAGACAGAAGUUACACAUAUUGAUAAAAUAGUUGUAUGUCAUUUUGAUUGUCACUCAAAGAUAUAUUGUUGUUUUGCCUAAGUUAGAUACAUUAAAUGUGCCAUAUAAAAGUAUUUUUCAAAAAGAAAUAGUGAACAAAAAUUCUAUUGCUUAAAUCAGAGUGAACAAAGCGUGCUAUAUAAAAAAGAAUAAUAAAUGAGGUGUCUACAUGAAACUGUAGUUGGAAAGUUACCCUAUAGAUGAUAAGAGAACAGAUGUUCAGACCUCCAUAAAAACUACAAACGCUCAGACAUGACAUGAGCAUAUCAGCCCUUACUGAGGUGAGGUUUUGAACAUCUAUCAGCUGAUUGUUUGUAGGGUCUAGUCUAAAUAUAUAGAGGACAAUGGCUUCUGUAGCUGGGAAACUCAUGUUGUCCACAAGACUGAACUCUAUGCAGUAGACGCUCCAGUGAGACUUUAUAUCCUCUAGAUUGGUUAAGAUUUGAGCCACACGUCCCUGACUGAAUGACUUAUGAGCAAAUCAUAUUUAGGUUCAAAAAGUGCAUCUUGGAAGGAAUGUGCAAUAGUUGAAAUCUGGACUCAUGUGAUCAUGUUAUUUAUUUUUUUACACAUAUAUUUUGUAUAUGUAGAUUUCGUAAGUCUUUAAAAAACAAAAAACAAAUAUCAGAAUCAUCUCACUCUGACCAAGGACAGCUGUCACUUUACUUUGAUUUGGUUUCUUUUCUUGAAGAAACUGUUUUUGGUCAUUUGCACUUGUAGUAGAAAUAUGAAUAUAAAUAAAUACGUAUAUAUAUAUACAGUAUUUACAAUAUAGGGAAGCAAAACAAAUUAGUUUCUAUUACUAUUUAAAACAGUAUUAAGUGUUUUUAGUGUUGCUUGAAUGUCUGAUCAUAUGUUGUGAAUGCUGCUAGUAUCAAUAGAUGUAUUUGUACUGUAAAUAGAAAUGACUAAAGCAACAGCUCAAAUGGAAAAGGGUAUAGACAUACAUAUCAGUAGUGGUGGUUGUCAAACAAGACAAGGCUGUACCUGUGAACAUUUGGCCUGUGAUCUCUGAACAGGGUUCAGCUUUCUUUUUUAUUAAAAAACUAUACUGAAUACCUUGAUGCAAUAUUCCAACUGAGGGAAAAUCCGCCACCCUUUUUUUUUUUUUUUUUAAAGAAAUGCUCUCUUGAUUGUUACCAUAUUUAAUGUCAUGAGUAAAGUGAACCAAUUUUAAGGUAUAGAUAUUAUUAAUUUACAUAGUUAACAAAAUAUGUUUAAAUAUGAACAUUUCUGGAUUAUCUACUAAAUGUCACUGUUUGCAAAUUUUUAAACACACCUACCUUUGACGCCUGUGAUACUUAAGAAGCAGCCACUCCUAGUUUUCAAAGAUUUUAGGGUGCCAAGUCAUGAAGAUUUUCUUUAACAUGAUUGUCACACUUAACUCUGACAAAAGGGGUUGUUUAACGCUCACAUCAGUUUUUGAAGAACAUGGCUAUUUUGGGAUUGUCUCCACAACAUCGCCUGCAUCAACUGAGCCUUUAAAAUUGAUUCAAAAGAGAAGAUAUCUGAUGUUUAUUGGAGAAGUUUAUUGGAAAUUAAUUUAUUUAUUGAAUUAUAAAUGUUUUAUAAUUGCUGUUUGCAUGGUACUAUGUGGCAAUAUUUGUUUUAGUGGUUUCUAUAGUGACGAUUUACAGGUUCAAGGUGCAGAGUUGGGGUAAAGUGUUGUCAAAUGUUCUCACUGAGUUACAGAUUUUCAGAAUAGACCUUGAAAACAAGUCUUUUGCAAAAAAUAAGAAAACGUAUGAGUUCACUAUAUUGUUACUUGUUAUAUUUCAAUCUUGCUCAAGUAGUCUUAUGUAACGUAAUAGGAGGAUUUUGAGUUUGCGAAUGAAUGGGCCUUAGAAAUGGUCUUUUCACCUUUUGUAAAUAUAUAUCACUUAAGUCAGAGACACUGUAACCUACUAGUGUUGUCUUUUGUUGUACACUGUUCUAUCACUGUGGACAAAGUCUUAGAGUUUUGUAAGAUUAUGUGCAAUAUUGUUCUCACAUUGGUCAUUUUUCAUUUUGUUACAAUUGUGUUUUUUCUUUUCUACAAAACAACUGGAGGUGUCACUUAAUUCAUCAGAAUGUUUGUCACCAGGUCUUACAGACAAUACAGAUCUACAGUGUUCAUCCCAAAUGUGGCUGUGACAGCAAAGCACUUUACACUGAGGGGGUACUCUGUGACAGGAUCAGUUUUCUGGAGUGGAGGGUGUGAUUGAAAGAGAGCCACCUGCUCUGUAUACUCUAUCCCACAGUGAUCUCUAGUGGCACAUCAGUGUAUUACAGCCAGCUGUGUGUGUGGGGGGGGGGGUCUGACAGCUCAGACCAGAAAAUAUGAUUAACUCCCAUCAGCUUGCAGCAGUUUCAAACUGCAAUACUCCAGAGACCAACCUGCUGAUUUUGUUGAUUUUGAUAUUGUCAUUUGAGCAUUUUUCUUGGACAUUUUAGCAUGCAUCACAUUCUUUCCUUUCUCUUGGCAAACUUCUUGAAAAGAAUAAUAUUAACUGUUAAAUUUAUAAUGCUUGUCACUCAAUCUGUGAGGUGAGCCUUCCCUGAAUCCCUCCUCCACCCCCAAAGCCCUGGCCUCCCCCAUCCCAGCUACUAAAUCCACCCCAGCUCUGUAUUUUAAAUGUGAUUGCAGUAUAAUUCUCAAAAAUGAUCAAAUAUAAAACUCGCGCUUCCAAAUCUGGCACCGGCUCUGCUUGGACCACACAAGGUAGUCGACUCAGAAACCAGCACGUCCCUUCUCCCCCAAACUGAUCCAUGAUUUAGAUCAGAUCCUUCGCCUGCACAACUGUAGCAUGAGACAAACUUGCUGGUGAUCAUUACUCAGUCUCCAUCCUUAAAUGGAUAUUAAGGGCUCUGAAACACAUCUGUUACCGGGUUAAGGAGGCUGUCCUGUUAAGACACCAACAGAGAAAAUACAAAACACAUCCCAGAUUAUUGCAGAGGGAGCACACAGUCUGUAGCUGAGAUAAAAUAGUACCUUUCAGUGUAUUUUGGAUGGUAAGACAGCUGCACUUACACUUCAGUCGAUCUCUCUGGGAGUCAGAUGAGAAGAACUCAAGUGGCUAUCCAUGCAGUGCAAGCAGAGCCCCGUUCCAGUUAUGUUGUGUAACUAAGUGCAUGCAUGCAAUUACCCUGAACAAGGUGUAUUGAAAAUAUAUUGGGUGUUUGUGGCAUAAAAGUACUUUGUUUAAAUCAGUUAUAAACUUUUCUUUCUAGUCGUAUGAUUUCUCUUUCCUUAGGACUGGCCAAUCAUUGUAUCCAAGGUGAAUAUUAUUAUAGUACAAGAUUCUAUUUUUUAUGGUGGAUUUGUUGACAACAAAUCAAAUAUGAGAUAAAAUGAGUACCAAAGUAUAUUUCAAUUAACUACAUAUUUGGUAGUGUGCAAAUGUUUGCUCCAGUGAAUUAGACGCAGAAAGUUUACAAAACAAUGUGUAGCAAUUAUUUAAGUUAACUGAUCAAAUAUUUAUAUUGUUUCAACAGGGUAAAACUAAAUACAAUGGGAGUGCCAAAGUACAUGGUGGAAGCUGCAUGAAAAGGUCUCUGCCUGUCCAAAACUGUAACGUUAGAUGUAUUAUUUUUCAAUCAAUAGCUGUGGUUCUAUUCAGUCAGUGUAUUAAGUAAAGAGAUUACCAAUGACCAAAACAGGUAUUUUAUUGUUGAAAUUCAGACAACCAAAACAAUCUACAUUUUUGGUGAAAUUUCUGGCCAAAAGUUAGCACAAAGACUGGCGGGGGGGGGGGGGGGGGUAGCCUGGCUCUGCCUCUUAAGACACAUAUUUAUUUGGGUUAAUCCGUAAAAACACUGAAGUGUAAAAAUAACAAAGGGCCAUGCCAAGCAACAAGCGGAGACUCCAGGAAGUUCCUCCUUUUACCUUUGGACAGAGCCAGGCCUGCAGUUUUGACCUGUCCAGUCAUUGUGCUAAGCAUUAGCUUCAUAUUCAUAAAUGACUGGAAUGAUCUUCUUACAUACCUCAUGGAAAUAAGCUAUUUUCCAAAAUGUCUUAUCCUUUCAACACUUUAUGGCCCUUGAAAAAACAGUAUUUUAUUUAACCAGUACCUCCCCUCUAGAGGAAUGUCCACGUUUGUUUUUAAUUCACUGGAGUUGUGGGGAAAAUUUUUGUAUGGAUGCUUGAAAACUUUAAUGGAUGUAUCGUAUAUAUAUAUAUAUAUAUAUAUACACACACACAAAGACACACCUGUAUCAAAUUUUAGUAAUAUGAAAUUGUGUUCCCCCCCCCCCUAUUCAGAACUGUUCAUUACUCUUCCUUGAUACUGUACCUAGUCUUAUGGUAAAGCCGUAGUGUGUUCCUUUCAGUUCUGUGGGAGUGUGUGUGUGUACAUGUGCACUUGUAACUGCUGGGGGCGGGGUGGGAGGGGGCUACGUGUAAAUAAAUCAAAUACAGUUAGUGUGGAGGUGUUUCUUUUGUGUCAGUGUAAGUUAAAUAUUCUAAAGUAAAAAAAAACAAACAUGUAUUCUCUAUUGUGUUUCAUGGUACAUUAAAAAGAGGAAAAAGUAGUUUUAUCUUACAUUUCAAAUGCUUAUAUCUAUAGCUUCUGGCGAUACCCGUUCCAUUUUAUAGAUUUGUCAGCACAAAAUGCAAUAAACCAAUACCAUUUUAUUACA